CCAUACUAUCAAUUCACAGUUGGAGAAUAUUGGGAGCAAUAUUGCUAAGACACUUAGUGGUCUACCUCUUGCUGCAAAGGUGGUCGGUAAGCAGCUGAAACAUAAACAAACCACAGAUGAGUGGAAACAAGUCUUACAAAGAAAUGCAGUAUGGGAGGAAAUCAUGCCAAUUUUUCAGCAGAGCUAUGAGAAUCUCCCAGUGCACCUUCAGCAAUGCGUUGCAUAUUGUAGUAUUUUCCCCAAGGACUGGGAAUUUGAAGCUGAGCAGUUGAUCCUCAUGUGGAUGGCACAAGGUUAUGUAUACCCGGAUGGUUGCAGCAGAAUGGAAGACAUUGGGAAGCAGUAUGUAGAUGAGUUAUGUAGUCGGUCAUUUUUUGCCAUUCAUAAGAAAGAAUUUGUCAGCUAUUAUGUGAUGCCUCCUGUUAUUCAAAAACUUGCCAAAUCAGUUUCAGCCGAAACAUGCUUCAGGAUUGGAGGGGAUGAACAGAGAAUGAUCCCAUCGUCUAUACGGCAUCUCUCAAUCCAUCUAGAUAGCCUAUCAGCUCUUGAUGAGACAGUGCCAUACAGGAACCUGCGCACUCUCAUUUUCUUUACUAGCAGAACAGUGACUCCAAUCAACAUUUCCAUCCCACAAGUAGUUCUUGAUAACCUUCGAAACCUUCGUGUCCUAGAUUUAUCACCUUGCAAGAUAGACAGACUUCCUGAAAGCAUAAGGCAGUGUGUGCAUCUCCGAUAUCUAAAUAUCUCAUCAACUGCCAUCAAGACGUUACCAGAAUACUUGGGUAGACUCUACCACCUGCAAGUUCUAAAUUUAUCAGGCUGCAGGGUUGAAAAGAUGCCUUCAAGCAUAAACAAUCUAGUCAGUUUUCGACAUCUAACAGCAGCUAACCAGAUUAUUUCCACUAUAACAGACAUAGGAAGCCUAAGAUACCUUCAGAGAUUGCCCAUUUUCAAGGUCACCAGUGAGGAAACAAACAGCAUUAUUCAACUUGGUUACCUACAAGAGCUUUGUGGAUCCCUCCACAUUAGAAACCUUGAGAACAUUGGUACUCCUAAUGAGGCAAAAGAAGCCAUGCUGUGCAAGAAAGAAAAGCUGUCGACGCUGCAGCUGAUGUGGGCACCUGCUCGAGAUGAGGUCAACUCAAAUAAGGAAGCAGAGGUGCUAGAGUAUCUUCAACCACACCCAAAUCUGAAGAGGCUGGACAUCAUGGGUUGGAUGGGAGUCAAAGCUCCCAAUUGGCUUGAAAGCAAAUGGCUAAUCAAUCUUGAGCUCAUCUUCCUCAGUGGUUGCAAUGCUUGGGAACAGCUCCCACCACUCAGUCAGCUUCCAUCUGUCAGGACUAUUUGGUUGCAGCGUUUGAAAAUGAUUAGGCAUAUAGGUCUAGAGGUAUAUGGCAAUGGCAGUCCACAGGUGGCUUUCCAGUCACUAGAGGAGCUAGUUCUUGAUGGCAUGCAAGAACUCAAUGAAUGGUCAUGGACAGGCCAGGGAAUGAAGAAUCUCCGCAACGUUGUGAUUAAGGACUGCCAAAAGCUCAAAGAGCUACCUCCACUACCUCCAAGCCUUGCGGAAUUGACAAUUGCAAAGAAAGGGUUCUGGGUUCCAUACCAUCAUGAUGUGAAGAUGGCACAAUUGACCACUGCCAGCACCACUGUCUCAUCUCUCUGCAUAUUCAACUGCCCCAAGCUACUUGCCAGAUUUUCCUCACCAGUGACCAAUGGAGUUGUUAUAGCAAGCUUUCAGUCACUUAGAAGUCUGAUCGUUGAUCAUACAACAAUACUCACAUGUUGUCUUUUAAGGGAAAGGCUUGAGCACAUUGAGAGCUUAGACAUCCAAGAUUGCUCAGAGAUCACCUCCUUCACCACAGACAAUGAGGAUAUUUUCCAACAUCUAAGAUCACUACAAACCCUAUGCAUAAGUAGCUGCAACAGUUUACAAUCACUGCCUUCCUCACUAUCUAGCCUGGAGUCCCUAGAUAAGUUGAUCUUGUGGAAUUGCCCUGAGCUGGAAUCACUCCCAGAGGAGCAGCUGCCACUAUCUCUGAGAAAGCUUGAAAUUGCACUCUGUAACCCAAUGCUCAAGGAUAGACUCAGAAAAGAAUGUGGUGUUGACUGGCCAAAGAUUGCACAUAUCCCUCGUGUUGAGAUAGAUGGUGAAAUCCUCCAGUGAUUGCAAGGGGACAAGCAGUGUAUUUACUCAAUCUGAAACUUAGUCCAAUUCGGACACAGGUUACUGUAACUUAAAUUUUAGGUUGCAAUUUGAUCAACCAAAUUCUAUAAAAAUAUUACA